GAUUUUCUUUUGAGUUGUCGUUUCGUUUCGCAGAGUCUCGUGUGCAAGUGCAUAAAGAGUUCGCAUUUGAAUUUAACGCUUGCUGCGUUUUUCAUAAAAGUAGAUUGGUGAAAACGAUUUGACAUUUCUGGGAUUUAUUUGCUGCAUGCAAAUCGCAUAAGCAAACAGUGCAAGAAUGAAAGUGCUCACAUUUGCUGGCUUUGUGCUGUUGUUGCUGGCGCAACAGGCGUAUGCGCAACAUACGGAUUAUACAACACCUGUGCCCAUACUGAAGCAGAUUGAUAAGCACAACGAUGAUGGCUCCUACACUUACGGCUACGAGGCUGCAGACAAGAGCUUCAAAAUUGAAACCAAGUAUUCCAAUGGUGAAGUCUACGGCAAAUACGGCUAUGUGGACGAUCAGGGACAGGUGCGUGAGAUUGAAUACGGUGCCAGCAAGCGUGGCUUCGAGCCCGCUGGCAGUCACAUCAAUGUCCCGCCACCAACGCUGACCAAUAGCAAUCCAUAUCCGUUGGGGCCCAACGAACUGGACGAUGGCCAAUAUCGCGAAGAUCCUGCCGUUUACUACAAGGAUCAGAAAUACAAUCGUCCCAUAGCAGCCAGCAAAUUCAGUUUGAACAACUUUAAUAAUCCACAACAGCAGCAGCAGCAGCCACAAUAUGCGCCCGCUCCCGCACCCCAACCAGCUCAGCCCUACUAUAAUCCACAGCCCCGUUACUAUAAUCCGCCUGCACCGCAGCCCCGCUACUAUCAACCAGCCGCACCACAGCAGCCCUACUAUGCGCCACAACAGCAACAGCAGCAGCAACAACAGUACGCGGGAUUGCCGCAGCAACAUCAUCCCUCGCUGCGAAAUCUCAACAUCUACACGGGCUCCUAUAGCAUUGAUUACACGGGCAGAAAGUAGUGCCGCAGUGGGCGUAAAUUGUUGGAGUGCAGACCCAGUGCCCUGUUCAGAGAGCUAGCGACUGAUGUCCGAGGACAAUGCCAACUUGUUUACUGCCAAAUAAAUCAGUCACUCACUAUCAGUCUAAAUACAAGUACAGUGUGUACCUAUAUGUAAAUACAAGAAGUUGUGUGUAUGUAUGUUUAAUUUAAAGUCGAAAUUUCGUUUGCAGCAUGCCUAACCUAAUAAACAUUGCCAUGGAGAUAGAUUAA